AUGGCGGAGAGCGACAGGGUCGAGGCGGCCGCGCCGCGCAGGGCCGAGGAGGCGGCCGGGCAGCAGCCCCCGCAGCCGCAGCAGCAACAGCCGCCGCCGCCGCAGCAGCAGCAGCAGCCGCAGCAACAGCCGCCGCAGGAUGAGGAGGCGGCGGCGGCGGCCGCGGCGCCCGGGAGCGGCGCGGGCAGCGCUAAUGGCGUCAAAAUGGAAAAUGAUGAGACAGCAAAAGAGGGGAAAGCACCUGUGAAAGAGAAGUACGGUUCAAAAGCGAAGGCAAUCCCUUCUCUUGGAAACAAGAAUAGAUUCCACCCCUAUUCCAAGGAGAAGAAUGCAGGCUCUGCAGACAAGAAGGCUGUUAAUCGUAAUAGAGUUUUUAUUAGCAACAUCCCGUAUGACAUGAAAUGGCAAGCUAUUAAAGAUCUUAUGAGAGAGAAAGUUGGUGAGGUUACAUACGUGGAGCUGUUUAAGGAUGCUGAAGGAAAAUCAAGGGGUUGUGGUGUGGUUGAAUUCAAAGAUGAAGAAUUUGUUAAGAAAGCGUUAGACACUAUGAACAAAUAUGAUCUUAGUGGAAGACCCCUGAAUAUUAAAGAGGAUCCUGAAGGUGAACAUGCUCGUAGGGCAUUACAGCGUGGGGGAGGACAGUUUCCAGGAGGACAUGGACCUGAUGCAGCACCUGGAAUAAUGAAUUUACCACCUUCUAUUCUCAAUAAUCCAAACAUUCCUCCUGAAGUUAUCAGUAACUUGCAGGCAGGCAGACUUGGGUCCACUAUUUUUGUUGCUAAUCUUGACUUUAAAGUUGGCUGGAAGAAGCUGAAGGAGGUGUUCAGCAUUGCUGGAACUGUGAAGCGUGCCGACAUCAAAGAGGAUAAAGAUGGCAAGAGUCGAGGGAUGGGAACAGUUACCUUUGAACAAGCAAUUGAAGCUGUUCAAGCAAUAUCAAUGUUCAAUGGACAAUUCCUGUUUGAUAGACCCAUGCAUGUAAAAAUGGAUGACAAAUCAGUUCCUCAUGAAGAUUUUCGUGCUGUGGACAGCAAAAGCUCACAGUUACCUCGUGGUCUUGGUGGCAUUGGUAUGGGACUUGGACCAGGUGGACAACCCAUCAGUGCAACACAGUUGAGCAUGGGCGGUGGAAUGGGGAGCAUGGGUCCAGGAGGUAUGGGAAUAGACGGUCCAGGAUUUGGUGGAAUGAGUAGAAUGGGAGGCGGACUUGCUGGAUUUCGUGGAAUGGAAGGAAUGCCCAAUAUGGGAGGAUUUGGAGUCAACAGAAUGGGAGAAAUGUUCCGUGGUGGAAUGGGAGCAAACAUGGAAAGAGAAUUUGGUCGUGGUGAGAUGGCAUUGAACCGUGGUUUUGGAGAGUCUUUUGGAAGGAUGGGUGGUGCAAUGAUUGGUGUUUUUGCAGGAGGAAUGGGAGCACCUAGCAUGGGCCCAGUAAGAUCUGGAAUGAGUGGUGGAAUGGGUGGUAUGAACAGUAUGGCUGGAGGAAUGGGAAUGGAUCGGAUGAGCUCUGGAUUCGAUCGAAUGGGACCAGCCAUGGGUGGAGGCCUGGACAGGAACAUCGAUAUCGAUCGAGGGUUUGUGCCUGGCCCCAUGGGAAGUGGCAUAAGAGAGAGAUUGGGCUCUAAAGGCAACCAGAUAUUUGUGAGAAAUCUUCCUUUUGACUUGACCUGGCAGAAGCUAAAGGAGAAAUUCAGUCAGUGUGGUCAUGUAAUGUUUGCAGAAAUAAAAAUGGAGAAUGGAAAAUCAAAGGGCUGUGGAACAGUCAGAUUUGACUCACCAGAAUCUGCUGAAAAGGCCUGUAGGAUAAUGAACGGCAUAAAAAUCAGUGGCAGAGAAAUUGAUGUCCGCUUGGAUCGCAAUGCAUAAUUUAAAACUCUGUGUUCAGGAACAUUCCUAUGUCUUGUUUAGCUUCUCUAUCUUAGCAAGUCAUUUUUAGUAACAUUGUAUGCUUACAAAAGCUGUAAAAAGGAACUUUUAAAUCCCACCAGCCUUUAACAGUAUAGUGUUUAAUAUACUGUGAUACUUGUUAACUGAAUCUUACUAUGUUUGGUUUUUAAAGACAAUUUGCCUGAUUUUUGUUGUUUUUUUAGAGGCACUGAGCACCUGCAGGUCCCUGUUGACCGUGGAAGGUUUGGAUGCUCAGUGCCUUUGGAAAAUUAGGCCAAGUGUCUCUAGUCAUUCAGUUUAAAUGAAUGGUUAUACUGUUUUUAAUAAAAUAAGCCAUUUUCUCUGUUAAUCUCAAGACUGCAUAGUGGGAUUUAUUUAGUGUUUUCUGGUUUUUAUUUUUGCCCUCCAGUGUGUAUCAACAUUGUAAUGUAAAAAAGUAGAUGUCUUUUUAUUUUUCAGAAUUUUGGUUUUAUAUGUGUGUUGUAGUCAUACUGUAAUUCCUGACUCUAAAAGAAAGGGCUCCAGUUAGGCUGUGAUGUUUUUGUUCUUAAUAUUACUUUGAUGACAUGACUUAGUUCUGUAUAUAAGACUUAGAGCCCAAUGGGAGUUUGGAGUUGUUUUUUUUAUUUUAUUUUAUUUUGACUAAAUGAAGAAACUGAUCUUUUCCUCCUGCUUUAAUUUUUUUCAUCAGUAUAAUCACUGAUUAAAACUAGUUACCACAGACCCUUGUAGGAUUGUUUCCUAUGAUGCCAAGUUCGUAUAAAAUUGCUAGUACAGUAAAUACUAAGUACAGUACAAGACAAAUGGUUCCCAGUUUUUUAUCUAUUUUCCAGCCAUUCAGGUGAACUGCCAGAAAAAUAAAAACAACAGAACAGAUAA